AAGGAAGAUCGCGCCGCGGCCAAGGCGGCCCAAAAGGCCCCCGCGGAAGAAAGCGAGUCUGAGCCACCGCCCACUCCUACACCCAAAGCGCGAGGCAAGGGCAAGGGCAAGGCCCAGGCUGGGCCUUCGACCGGAGUCCCGGCAGCAGUGAGUGACGCUGCGAAGAAGAGUAAAGGCAAGGGCAAAACGCAGGCGGCGGGGCCAUCCGCCGCAGAUGAUCCGAUACUUGGAGAUCUCACUGCGACAUCGGGGGAUGACACGGCAAACCCGCGGCCACCCGCCCCAGCGCGACAGGACGAGGCUGGGUCUAGCCGAGCGCCGAUCGCCAAGGCGAUGCGACCGAAACCCAGGCCGAAAAAGAAGGCGGCUGCCGCUCCUGCAGCCCCAGCGCAAGUGCCCGCUCAACCGGUACCGGACGAGGAACAGGGCUCUCCAAUGGACGCGCGGCCAACUACACCGCAGCCGACGCCGCAGCAGCUACUGCCGUCUUCCAGCAUCCCAUCGACUCCGUCGGCCCCCACGCCAGCGCCGGCUGCAAGAGCCGGGAAAAGAAAAGCAGAAGUCGUGUUAGCCGAGCCGAACAAGAAGACCAAGCUCGACCCGCCUGCGACGGUCAAGAAACAGAUGGGGAUCGUCGUUGCGAUGUACGGGGCUCUGGGACAACUGCUGCUCCGGUGCAGCACCCUUUUUGACGACUACGAAGAGGAGGACGGAUCGAUGGCGACGCCGGCAUUUGUCCUGGAGCUCAGGGAGAAGGGGGUGUAUCCACUUUGGGAUACGAACCCUCCUGCGGGCUCGGAGUUCACGCCGGAGGAACACGCGAACAUGCGUGCGGAGCUGAUCGGUGUGGAUCGGGACAUCAUCACUUGGGUUCACAAGACCGCCCGAGGGUUCGACUGGUCGCAAGCACCGGAGUUCGAACGCCUGAUGAUCAAGGCGUCGAAGGAAAACUGGGACUUGACGCAUUCGGCACGGUUUACGGAACUGGUGAAGAAAUCGGAAGUAGGUGAUCCUCUCGAACUAUUCAUGUCGGAUGCGUUUCAGAUGCAAGACGCGGCCAACGCCAGGGUUCCUCCUGGACAACACCACUACGGCCGGGUCAAGCAGGACAUC